UCAUCUUUUUUCCCAUCUAUUUUACUAUAUCAACCAACUAUCACCAUUGUGUAAUAUGUUAGAUUCUGAUGAGAUCUGAAGCCCUUUGGUAAAUUAUCAUUCUAUACAUUUCUUAUAAAGCUAAUUUUGAAAGGAAUUCUAUAUGGGUUGUAGAAAAGUUAUUGCAACAAGUUCUGAUCGAAUUGAUUCGCAUCGAACGGUUUAUCGAUUAAAGAUCCAAAAACCAUCAAUCCUCGAUUAUAUUCCAAAUAUGACUGUUCGUUCAACAAUUGAAUCCCUUGUUAAUUUCUUUCUAUCACUCAAAGCUAUCUACCCUGACUGGUUCCUGCCACCAACUGUCAUCUUGAAAAAGCGAAAGCCUGAUUGGGAUAAUGAGUUCGAAACAGAAAAGCGCAUGUAUCGCCAUUUGAAGCCUCUUCAAGGAACCUUCAUCCCGCAGUUCUAUAGGGAAGCAAUCUAUGAUAGAUCACCUGCUUUGGGUAUUGUCAGAGAUCCAUGGACAAAGACUUUACGAUAUUGAUUUUACCGCGCGACCAGAAACCGAUGAUCAUAUUCUCGAGGCCAAAUUGAAAGAAGCUUUCAAAGCAUUGAGCAAAUAUGGAGUCAGUUAUGGAGAUCCUGAAUUACAUAAUAUUUUCGAAUUGGAGGAUCGAGUAAUGAUCGUUGAUCUCGAACAAGCUGAAUUGUGAGAUACGGUAUGGGAGGGCAGUCUUAAUCAUGGUAAUAUGGGAUCUCUUAUGUGGGAUUUUCAGGCUGUUCGUGGAGGAACUGAGUUCAUUUUGGCACCAUGCGAGCGCGCAAUGAAGGAGUCAAUCGAACGAGCUAAAUGUAAAACUCAAGGGGAUUUAUAUAUUGAGAUUUGCG